GGUGGGAAAGUUCGAGUUCUUAAAAUGCUUGAGAUUAGUCCUUUGAUGAUUCCAGUCGUGAAGGAUUAUUAUGAGAAUGAUAUUUUUCCGAUUUAUAAUAUUAAGUAUAGAAUUGAAUUGAAAAGGUUUGAGAGGGACUUGGAUUGUUUGUUAAUCAAACCUAUGGAAGCUUUUCACGAUAAAUUGCAUCGCUAUGAUUCAGAUAUUCUGCCAUUCGUUAAUUAUAGUAAAGAGUGGCAUAUUUUUGUUGAAGGAGGAUAUGGGUUUUAUUGCGUUUCUGAAUAUUUUGAAUUUAUAAAGAAAGGGCUUUUAGAAUAUUUUCCGAACUUUGAGAUAAGUGAAAAG